AUGGAUCGGAAGGCCGAGGUUUAUUCUCCCGAGGAGGAGCCGGUGGAGUGGGAGACGACCGGUUAUCCCCCCGAGGAGGUGUUGACGGACCAGGGGUUGGUGGUCGAGGAGGAGCCGAUGGAGUGGGAGACUCGCAGUUCAAGCGAAGACAUGGAGGCAAUAUUCAGUGCUCUCGGCUUGGAGUGGAUAGACAGCAAAAACAAGGCUUUCAACUGCCAGAAACCUAUAAAUAAAGCUGUGUCCAACAUCAUCUGCUGUUUGGUGUUUGGGCAUCGGUUCGAGUACACUGAUAAGGAGCAGCAGAGUAUUCUGGAUAACUUCGAUGAGAUAGUGCGCUUGCAGGGAAAUAUGUUGGUGCAGAUUUACAACACAAUACCCUGGCUGAUGAAGCGACUGCCUGGACCUCAUCAGAAGAUAUUCACUCUGAUCAACGAGAACAUUGACUUCGUAAAAAUCAAGAUCAAAGAACACAGAGAAACCCUCGACCCCUCAUCACCAAGAGACUACAUCGACUCCUUUCUUAUUGAAAUGGGAGAUAAGGAGGACAAAGAAGCUGGUUUUGAUCUCGACAAUUUGUGUUAUUGCACUCUGGACCUGUUUGGUGCUGGAACUGAAACUACUUCCACUACUUUACGCUGGGGGCUGCUGUACAUGAUCAACUACCCUGACAUACAGAACAUUUUNUCAUCCAGACCACCCUCCAUGACUGACAGAGAAAACAUGCCCUACACUGAUGCAGUUGUCCAUGAAACACAGAGAAUGGGCAACAUCAUCCCCUUCAAUGUGGGCCGCAUGGCAAACAGGGACACCACACUGGAUCAGUACACAAUCCCAAAGGGCACCGUCUUAUGGGCUACACUGGACUCUGUCCUUCAUGAUGAGUCGAUAUGGGAAACUCCACACUCCUUCAACCCUCAGCACUUUCUGGACCAGGAUGGUCAAUUUAGGAAGAGAGAGGCCUUCCUUCCUUUUUCUGCAGGUUAG